UAAAUGUACCCGCGGUCGAGCUUGUUAGGGAUAGAAACAAAAAAAAAAAAAAAUGAGGAGGAUAUAAAGCGGGAAGAGCCGAAGGAAAAUUCCCGUGUCCUUGUCCAGCAGAGUAGAUAAGCGACGAUGUUUUUUUCAUUACGCCCGACGUCAGACGUCAGAAGCGAAGCGCAAACGGAUGGAAAGCACACUUGAUGGUGCUUUGAACGGGUUGUUUUAUGUGUGUGUGCGAUUUGAAGUAUCUCUGUUUUAUUUUUCACGCGCUCGAAAAGCCAAGCGUUUUCAAGGAGCCGUUUUUUCCACCACUAGCUCUCGCCAGCAGGCUUUUAUUUUAAUUUCUUCCGUUCCUUUUGCUUUUUGCUUUUUUUUUGCAUUCGGCGCUCGCUCGCUGUCCUUCAAUCGUCCUCCAGCGCGAGGCAGCGUAAUCCUAACCAUAGAAAGGCGAUAGAGAACGAGAAAGAGAGAGAGAGAGGAACAUCGACUAUCCGAUGUUCGUUCGCUUAUGGGAUAAAGCACGUCACUCAAGAAGAAAGGAAAGGAAUCCUCCUUACCCUUCAAUACCGAUAACACGGGGGAAUGGAUGGGCGGAAGGCAGGGGCGUAAUGAAGAGAUGCUUUUUGUUUAGUUCCGUCGAAAGAAGAUAAUACAAAAGCCCCUUCUACUUUCCUUCCGUUUUUUUCUUCCUGAAAUUGUCUAUUGUUAUUAUCGAGCAAUAGGUUUCCGCCAGCGCCCACACACAAACAAUUCUCUCAAGUAUGAUGCGCUGAUGGAUAAUAGAAAAAUCCCGUUUAAAAAUUGUUUGUGCUGUUAUAGUGUGAAAAGCUAAAACGAAAAAAAAAAAAUCACAUUUCACUUUAUAUUGUUUUUUUUGUUCACAAAAUCUAGGUGUGUGUGUGUGUGAGUUUAUUUAUAUGUUACUUGUGUGAGUGUGUAUGUGUUUGUGCAAAAGAGUAUGCGCGUGCAGUGCAAAACGAUGAAGUGAAAUAAAGUUGUUGAAUAUUAAAAAAAAAAAAAACAAAAUCAAGCGUACAAAACUAAAUUUUUGUAUUUGUCGACUUUCUCCUCAAAACAUAUUAUAAAAAAAGUCCUCGUAGCUUUACGGCAAACGUGAAGGAGUAGCAUUUUCCGCACCUCCUUUCUAAGUGGCGGCUAUUUAUUUAUUCUACCCUUUAAAUGUGUUGCUAACGUGUGUGAAAGACUGCUCGCGGUGGGGGACGACCGGCACUAGUCGAUUGGUGUAAUAGUAGAAAAUAUAAAACAAAGAAGAAGACAACAUUACACCAACAUAUUCAACAAACUCACAAGAAAAAAGCAAACUGAAUUCAAAAAAAAAAAAACAUAAGUGACUGAGAGAAACAAACAAAACAAUAACACAAACAAGAUAAUAAAAAAAAGAAAAGAAAGGCAGAGAGAGAGAGAGAGAGAGUAAGAGGAAGUAAAUAAUCAAAGGACAAAACAAAGAAACAAAAAAAGUAUGACCACAAGGAAAAAGAAACGUCAGCAGGACGGCGGCGGAGGCGCAGGUGGUGGGGGAUUCCUCAAGAAGGUUUCCUCCUUGUUCAGCCUGGACACGCUGAAUGGCGAUUCACCGUGGGAGUACGACGAGAUCACGCUGAUCCGUGGCUCGACCGGGCUCGGCUUCUCGAUCGCGGGCGGCACCGACAACCCGCACAUCAAUCUCGAUGCGUCGAUCUACAUCACCAAGGUGAUACCGGGCGGUGCGGCCCACGUCGACGGCCGGCUGCAGGUGAACGACUGCAUCGUGGCGGUGAACGAGGUGCGCGUGGUGAACGUUACGCACGGCGAAGCGGUCGAUGCGCUCAAGCAGGCGGGCGAUCGUGUAACGCUGCACAUCCGACGCAAGCGGCCACCGGCCCAGGCCCCGAAGCUGGAGGAGAUCGAGCUGCUGAAGGGCAGCAAGGGGCUCGGCUUCUCGAUUGCGGGCGGCAUCGGCAACCAGCACAUCCCGGGCGACAACGGCAUUUACGUGACGAAGAUCAUGGAGGGCGGGGCGGCCCACAUCGACGGGCGGCUCGCGGUCGGCGACAAGCUGAUCGCGGUCCGGACGCCCGACGGCGGAGAGCGCAAUCUCGAGAACGUGGUGCACGAGGAGGCGGUCGCGACGCUCAAGGCGAUCACCAACCGGGCGACGCUGAUCGUGCAGAAGACGAACAUACUGCAGGCGCUCGCCAACUCGAUCAGCAACCUGAACUCGCUGUCGACGAACGCGAUGAACAGUGUCGGCGUCAGCAUGGUCGACCAUGCGUCGCCGGAUGCUGGUGGCGGCGGUGGCGAGGCCGGCGGAGGCGAUACCGAGAUGGUGGCGUCGACGGCCCGCUCCCAUUCGCCGGCGUUCGGGCUGGAGAACAGCUCGUCCCGGUACGCGUCGUCGAACGUGCUGGAGACGGGCAUGCCGAUCGGGACGCCGCGCGCCGUCAGCAGCGAGGACAUUACGCGGGUGCCGCGCACGAUCGUCAUUCGCAAGGGAGCGUCCGGGCUUGGUUUCAACAUCGUCGGCGGCGAGGAUGGACAGGGAAUCUUUGUGUCGUACGUGCUGGCUGGCGGUGCGGCCGAUCUCGGCGGCGAGCUAAAGCGUGGUGACCAGCUGCUGUCCGUCAAUGGCAUUAGCCUGGCGAAUGCGUCGCACGAGGAUGCCGCCCAGGCACUGAAGAACGCCGGCGGCACGGUCACGUUGGUCGUGCAGUAUCGGCCGGAGGACUACAACCGGUUCGAGCAGCGCAUCCAGGAGCUGAAGCAGGCGGUCGCAGCCGGUACCGGCACGCUGCUGCGUACCACCCAGAAGCGCACGCUCUACGUCCGCGCCCUGUUCGACUACGACCCGAACCGGGACGACGGGCUGCCGACGCGCGGCCUCCAGUUCCGGCACGGCGACAUACUGCACGUGACGAACGCGUCCGACGACGAAUGGUGGCAGGCGCGGCGCGUGAUCGGCGAGGACGAGGAGGAAAGCAUCGGCAUCGUGCCGUCGAAGCGGCGCUGGGAGCGCAAGCAGCGGGCCCGCGACCGCAGCGUCAAGUUCCAGGGGCAUGCCGGCGCGAACAACAACAACAACAACCUGGAAAAGGUGUCGACGCUGGAUCGCAAAAAGAAAAACUUCUCCUUCUCCCGCCGGUUCCCGUUCAUGAAGAGCAAAGACGACAAGAACGAGGACGGAUCGGACCAGGAGCCCAACGGCAACCUGAGCGAUCCCAAUCACCAUGAUCCCGAUCAGCCUUUCAUGCUUUGCUACACACAAGAAGACGCGAACGCGGAAGGUGGUGGUGAAAUAAUCUACCGCGUGGAAUUACCUGACAUGGAGCAGAUAACUCUUAUCUACCUGGAGAAUAACUAUGCUGACUCGGAGGAAAACAUCCUGUCGUACGAGCCGGUGCAGCGCCUGCAGAUCAGCUACACCCGCCCGGUCAUCAUACUGGGCCCGCUGAAGGACCGCAUCAACGACGACCUGAUCUCGGAGUAUCCGAAUAAGUUCGGCUCGUGCGUGCCGCAUACAACGCGCCCGAAGCGCGACUACGAGGUGGACGGGCGGGACUACCAUUUCAUCGCGUCCCGCGAGCAGAUGGAGAAGGACAUCCAGAACCAUCUGUUCAUCGAGGCGGGCCAGUACAACGACAACCUGUACGGCACGUCGGUCGCGUCGGUGCGCGAGGUCGCCGAGAAGGGCAAGCACUGCAUCCUGGACGUGUCGGGCAACGCGAUCAAGCGGCUGCAGGUCGCCCAGCUCUACCCGAUCGCCAUCUUCAUCAAGCCGAUGUCGGUCGAAUCGAUCAUGGAGAUGAACCGGCGCAUGACGGAGGAGCAGGCGAAGAAAACCUACGAGCGGACGCUAAAGAUGGAGCACGAGUUUGGCGAAUACUUUACCGCCAUUGUGCAAGGCGACACGAUCGAGGAGAUCUACAGCAAGGUGAAGAACGUCAUCUGGUCGCAGGGCGGCCCGACGAUCUGGGUGCCGUCGAAGGAAUCUCUAUGACCGCAGGCAAGCAUCACCUGGACGCUGCCACCAAAUAUGCGCGCCCGUCCCGUGUCCCGCACCUCCUCCUCGUCGGCCACCGCCGGGCCCCAUUGACCACGAUCCGGGCGACAACAAGGACUCCCGACACCCCCCCCCCCCAGCAGCAGCUGUAGCAGAGCGGAGGGAGCGAGAGCGCGGGUUGUGUUGUGAGGAUGGGAGAGUGGAUGCGCUUAACAAACACACAGAACUACCUACCCCCCCGUCUCCCCACCCCUCCCCAAAUAUGACACUCCCUCCCCCCCACCCCCACCCGGGAAAAUGCGAAGAGAAGCAAGGUGAAGGAAGGGGAGGGAAGCAAGUAGAAAAUAAAUUACACCCCCCACACACACAUCUACACCCAACCACACAUUGAGAGCGAGACAGAGAGAGAGAGCGCGCGCGGGGGAGAGCAGCAUCACGUAGAAAAGCAAGAAAAAAAGCAAAAAAAAACCGGGCAACUAUUACAUAAAAAGGAAAAAAUCGACACACACACACAAUUGUUAAAAAAAAGAAGUGAAGAGCGAGCAGAGCGAAAGAGAGCGAGAGAGAGAGAGUGGGAGAGAAAGGAGAUGCGUUUUUUUAUGUUUUCUUCAUACUUUCAUAAAACGUAUCGAAGGAAGCGUUUUGUCAUUUAGCACCCAUUAAAAUUAAAUUGUAUUGUAGCGAGAAAGAUAGAGAGAGAGAGCAAGAGAGAGAGAGAGAGGCAGAAAGAGGAGAGAGAAAGCGCAAGUAGGAAGGAAGAAUGAAAGCGAACGGAGGGCGGCCGGCGUCUCAAUCAAACCACACUGAAAUUUGUGUGGAAGAAAGAGAGAGAGAGAUAGAUAAAGAGAGAAAGAGAAGGUUAAAAGGGGUGCAAACUGUUGUUAUUUAGUGAAGGUUUUUCGGAUGACGAAUCGAGAAGGGGGGGGGGUGGAGGGGAGGAGGCAGUAGCUAGCAAAAAUCUUAACUACAGAGUCAGAGAGCGAAAGAGAGAGAGAGAGAGAGUGCGAGAAAGUGAAACAGUUGGGUCAGCGAGUCAAAGAAACAAAAAAAAGGUGCUGAGGAAUGGGAUAAAAAAAAAACAAAACAAAAACUCCACAAAAAAAAGGCAAAACGGCAAAAGUGCAGCUAGCGAGGACGAACUUGGGCAGCCUCGGAAACCCCUCCUCACACACAUACACACACACACAUACACACGCAGAGUAAUAAACUUGAACGUAUUUAUAUCGAA